GGGGGGGGGGAAGGAAAUGGCUGCGCAUUGGGUAAAGCGCUCUGCGGGGCCGCCUGCGGGCUCCGAUCCGCAGGGUGCGUAAGGGCGAGCGCGGGGAGGGCGGCAGGGCUUGGCGUAUCGGCGGUUGGUGAAUAGCGUAUCGGCGGCGGCGGCAGGAGCUGCAGGAGGAGGAGGAGGAGGCGCCGCGGCGGUUUGGUACCGAGCGGAGAGGGAGAUGCACACGGCACUCGAGUGAGGAAACAGAGAUGAAGGUACACGUGCACACAAAAUUUUGCAUCAUUUGUUUGCUGACAUUUAUCUUUCAUCAGUGCAAUCAUUGCCAUGUAGAUGGACAUGACCAAGGACGUGUACACUGCCACAGUGACUAUCAGAUCUCAAACGAGUCCUACUUGCAGAAUGGGGGAACAGAAUCUAUGCCGAGUAAAUUUUCAACGUUGGAAGCUGAAAAUGAACAAAAAUACUACAUUGAAAAGAUUUUUGAUUGUUAUGGGGAAAAUGGAAGAUUAUCUUUUUUUGGCCUGGAAAAACUGCUAAUAAGCCUUGGUUUAGGAGAGGUUAAAGUUGUGAUGAUAAAUCAUGAUGACAUUGGCCACGAUCAUGUUUCUCACUUGUAUGCGUUAGAAGUACAGGAAGGAAAGCACGCUCACACUCACAGUCACAACCAUCCUCACAGCCAUUCAGAACCAGAAAACCAAACCACGACUGGUAUGGCUGUAAAGAAAAAUCAUAAAUGUGACCCUGAGAGGGAGGCAGCGGUGCCACCAGUGAAAGAUGAUGGCAGACACAUCCACGACCAGAAUCGGCAUCACCGGCGUCACCACCCCUGUGUGCAUCACCACGACCACAACGGCACACACCAUUCCCGCAACGAGUCCCUCAGCCACAGCGAGCACAGGGAACAGAACCACGAACCUUCUACAGAGACAAACACGACUCAGGAUCAGCCAGAAAGAAAACAACGCAAACAGAAGAAAAAGCAAAAGAAGAUCAGUGAGACUUCGGGAGACGCCACGCGGGAUUAUGGCCCGGAGCGUGAUGCAGGUGACGAGCACAACCGUGUUCAUAAACACGAUGCCUCUCACUUGCGUCUGCACCAUCACGAGCACGGCCGCGAGCGCUCUGCUGGGCACGGACAUCCAGAGUCCAGUUUAGGCCAUGAGGAGGGACACCACCACACCAGCAAGAGAGAGGCAUCCCAUAACCAGAUCAGUGUCAGGAAACACGCCAUCUUCUCAACGCGUAGUCAUAAAGAGCACAGUGAAGACGAACGGGACCGUGAAGAGUGCUUAAAUGUUACCCAGCUGCUGAGAUACUAUGGCCUGGAAUCCAGCUCCCCAAUAUCUCCUGAGCUGUUCAUCUACAUGUGCCCUGCUCUGCUCUACCAGAUCGAGAGGAGGCUCUGUAUUGUACAUUAUGAUGAGCUGGAAGAUCUGAUGAGAAGUAAAAAUGCAUCCCUGGAGAAUAAAGAUAAAACAGGGGCAUCAGCCUGGUUUUGUGGUAUCAUCUCUAUCACCGUCAUUAGCCUGCUUUCCUUGCUAGGUGUGAUCUUGGUUCCCAUCAUUAACCAAUGGUGCUUCAAAUUUCUUCUAACUUUCUUGGUAGCUCUGGCUGUAGGAACAAUGAGUGGAGAUGCACUGCUCCAUUUGUUGCCACAUUCACAUGGAGGCCACAACCACAGUCACCACCAUGGCCAAGGUCAUGUUCAUGAACACAAGAGGUCUCAUCGACAUGCCCAUGGACAUGGAGUACAGACUGAAGGCUUUCUAGAAGAAAAUGAUCCCGUGCUGAAAGGACUUGUAGCACUUGGAGGCAUUUAUGUGUUGUUUAUCAUUGAACAUUGUAUAAGAAUGUACAAGCAUUACAACAAACAAAAGAGUAAGCAGAAAUGGUGCAAGAAAAAACAGACUGAAGAAUCACCAAUUGGAAGGAAACUUUCUGAUCACAAAUUAAAUAACAGACCAGAUGCUGACUGGCUUCAGCUCAAACCCCUUGCAGGAGCUGAUGACUCAGUUUUAUCUGAAGAUCGACUCAAUGAAACUGAGCUGACUGAUUUAGAUGGACAGCUGGAAUCCCCUCCCAAAAACUUCCUGUCUAUAGAGGAGGGCAACAACAUGCACCACUCUCACAAUGACAUCUCACGGGCUGCUCAAGAGCAUGAUCUUCAUGAUUCAGAGUAUGACAGCCAGUGUGAAGAUAAAAUGAUAGCUAGAAAACACAGUCACCACUGGCAUCACAAACAUUCCCAUCAUUCCCAUGGCCACUGUCAUUCUGGAAAAGACCUGAAAGAGACUGGGAUAGCUAAUAUUGCUUGGAUGGUAAUUAUGGGAGAUGGCAUUCACAACUUUAGUGAUGGCUUAGCAAUCGGAGCAGCUUUUAGUGCUGGACUGACAGGAGGAAUUAGUACAUCUAUAGCAGUGUUUUGUCAUGAGCUUCCCCAUGAAUUAGGUGACUUUGCCGUGCUUCUUAAAGCAGGUAUGACAGUAAAGCAAGCGAUUGUGUACAACCUCCUGUCUGCCAUGAUGGCUUACGUAGGGAUGCUGAUAGGCACAGCAGUGGGACAGUACGCCAAUAACAUCACCUUGUGGAUCUUUGCAGUCACUGCAGGCAUGUUCCUCUACGUGGCGUUGGUUGACAUGCUUCCAGAAAUGCUUCAUGGAGAUGGAGAUAAUGAAGAGCACGGUUACUGUCCUGUGGGACAGUUCAUCCUGCAAAACCUAGGCUUGCUUCUUGGAUUUGCCAUCAUGCUGGUGAUUGCUCUCUAUGAAGAUAAAAUUGUGCUUGACAUCCAGUUUUGACCUAAUUCUGGUAAUCACUGUGGUUACAAUAACGUUACUGUAUGGCUUUGAGUCUGCACUGUUUCACUGUAUGCACAUUGCUCAGAGGAGAAGCAGUGGCUUGCACUACUUACACAAGUACACAGGACAUUCAUUUCUGUGCAGAUUUUCUGCCUUUUUUUUUUUCUAAUUCUAAUCAGAUGAGAUUACCCAAUGCAUCUUCUAAACUCAAGUCAUCGACAGUUAGGAAAUACCCAGUGUGAGAAAUAAAAACUGAGUUCAGGGUUCUGUACAGGAAGCACUGCUUGCUCCAGAAAGAGAAAAAGAGAAAGCACAGUGAAUGAGCUGCUCAUUUGAGAACGUACCAUCUAAUUAGUAUUUUUUAACAGAACUCACAAAAUGUUACAGCUGCAAUUCAUACCACUGUGAGGAACCCAGUAAGCUUUUAGAACAGUGUAAGUCUUAAGGAGAGCAUGUAUCUAUCUAUCUAUAUGUAUAGAUAUAUAUAUAGAUAUGUAUAUAGAUAUAUAUGUGCAUGUGUGUAUAUAUAUCUCUGUAUAUAUAUAUAUAUAUAUAUAAAAAUUUUGUGCUGAUUCUUCUACACAGUGGUGACUUUAAGUAUUAACAUUACAACAGCACCAGAAACCACUCUGCUGGUUUAAAUUUUUAAAAAGUAACCCCCAAACCCAAACAAUGUUUAAGUUUUUAGAAGAUGCAUUGAGCUGCACCCCAUCAUUAUAAACUUGAUGUGUAAGAAGGCAGGCUGUUGCAAUAUAUGCUGCCAAGUGCUAUGUUCUGUCAAGGAUCAGUUUGACAAUGUUUUCCUGACUAAGGUUUAUAUGAUGUUUGUUCCUUGAUAUUAGUAGGAAAAUGCAAAAUGCUGUAGAAUAAGUGUUAUCUUGGGGAAAUCCCUGAUGUUGGAGUUUUUGAGCUAUUUCUGGUUUUUUACAGAUGCUAAACGUAUUGUGUGCCACUUGCAGCAUAAACUACUGAAGAAUUGUGGCUGUGAAUUGUGCAAACUCUUUUAAAAGAGAAUCCAUAUGGGAAUUUUUUUUUUUAACAAUUACAUUUUGAAUGUUUUCUCCUCUUCAUGUUCAAGCAGUCCAAAGUGCAAGAUGCUAGUUACUGAACCUGGGCACAAAGGUUAAAUUAUGCUCUGUGUAUGUAAUACUGGCAGGUUAUUUACAAUACUGUAAUCUCAAAUCAAAACCUGUUUCUACAAUGCCUUGAUGCCAGGCACUGUAGCACCAGCCAUUUCUGGCAGUACAGAAUAUGUAAGAAGAUUCCUACUUCCAGCACAAGGGAGUUAAUUUCUAUGAUAUUUUUUUACAAUUUUGCUAUUUAAAUUAGAUGAUUAAAAAGCAGAUGUGAUAGAUCUGUGGUAUGUGUAAUUUGGGAAGGAUAGACUGAAAAUUUGGGCCUUAACUUGCUGGAAUCAGCUUGUCCUAGAUUGGAUUGUGCUGAUACAUUUAUGUUGACAGACAUGAGUUAGUUCUUGUAACCCAUCUCCUUAAAAAAGUUGUGAGUUUGUGAGGAGUGCAAGUUGAUUCUGUAGUACCAGUCCUAAGCAUGGUAGUAGUUUUAAAAAACAUACAGGUCGCCUUCUUUUCUGUGUAUGCCAGGUAAAAGUUGUACUUUGAGGACGUGCUGUAAGAUUUGUUUGGGUCUGCUUGGUGCCAGUGUAGCUGCUAAAAACACGGAUCCUAACGCCUUUAAAGAGAGCCAGUUGGUAUCUGCAUUCCAUUUCAACUUAAGUGUGUUCCUUCCUUUUUGUUUUUUUGAAGCUUCAUUGGUCGAUUUAGUUUUUACUGAGAGCAGCUCGUGUAUUUUAAAGAAGAUAGCAGUUGGUUCUUGCCAGUAUUUCUUCCUAAUGCAGUAUCAAGAAACAGUAUUAAGGGUCCAUUUCCAAGGGCCAGGUUUCUUCAGUGAAGAAACCAGAAGCCCAGAGUUCAGGCACACAGCCACUUCAUGCUCUGAGCUCAAAUUUUCUUUUUUUUUUUUUUUCUUCUUCUUUAAACACAGUUACUGCUGGACCCUGAUUAGCCAACACACCAUUGUUACCUUCUGAUUACUGAACCUCUGCAGUUUAAAGAUCCUGGGGUGAUAUUUUUUCCCCCAGUGCCUGUGUUAGGUCACUGAGUACCAUUUUCAGAGAGAUUUAACUCACUGUAUACUUUCUGAGGAUCUAAGUUUAACAAGCCUAUGUUUCUGGUGUAUGAAACUGACCCUUAAUUUUCCUUUUCUGUUGAUCCUGUCGGCUAUAAGGGGGUAAUUAUGUGGUUGAACUGAUAUUUUGUCGAAUCAUUUUUUAAAGUUUAUUUCUUUUUACUCUUUUCAAAUGAAGAUGUCUAUAUUUCAGGUAGUAUAUUUACUUUUGUAUUAGUUGGAAUAUGGUUAUAGCUAAAUACACUGCCUCUAAGAAAAUGGUAAACUUCCUUCCAAGACCAUCUUAAGACAAGGGAAAAAAACAUGGUCCUUGAAGGUAGGUACUGUAUUUUUCAUUAAAUAUGGGUUGUUUCCUUUUAUUUUCCAGUAUUUAUUACAAGUCAUGAAGAGCAGUGUAACAGCUGUGACUUCUUUUCUCUGUUUCCACCAGUAUUGAAUUCCAGAUGAUUCUAAUGUACACUUUUGAGUCAUGUUACAGACAAUCUGAAUUCCACUACAUUUCUACUUGGCUUCAACAUUCCAUUCAGCUUGAAUCCAGAGUCUCAUUUAACGUGUAUUUGUUGGAGGGCAUAAAUGUUACUUGUAUAUUACAAUGCUGUCACUGUGUGACAUCCCAUAUGAAUUUUGGUGUAGAUCACAUUGCACUCAAUCCGCUGUGAUUAUGCUUAGAAAAUACUGUAGUUGCUAGAUGCAGUGUGACUUUUUUAAUUUUUUUUAUUAUUAUUAUUUUGUUUUUCUUUCCCCUCCCAUUAACAGUUGAGUCUAUGGUUUAAAAUGUGAUUACGGUCCUAUAAAAGAACUUGCUGAGCUAUUGUCUUUUUGUUAUAAGUAAAUCAUUUUUUAAAAUUUUAUAAAGCUGGAAAUGAUCAAAUGCUGUUUUGUUCAUUGUCAACAGUGUUGUGUUCAUUUUAUCUAUGUUCCUUAUAAAUAAGGAACCUUCAGAAAAUAAAAUUAUUCAAGGAGCAGAUACUUUUGUUGUUACCAGGUUUUCUUGUGCACCUCUAUAUGGGAAUAUUUUGUUUCUAAUCUCAUGAAAGGCACAAAUAGAACAUUGUGAACACACUCCUAUCAAUUCAUCUUUUUCUGAGGCAUUUCAAGACCAAAAUGCAUCCCUGAAAGGGUAACAGGUUUGGACAUGGGGACCAGGUUUCAUGUUGUUUCAUUGCUUAUGUUUCAAAUUGUCACUUUCUUACACCUUUCUCAGGACACUCAUUGAAGAAGUAAAAAAUAAGAAUAAAAAAAAAUCUUUAAAUGUUAAAAAAACCCCAUAAAUAUCUUUAUUUUGAUGUCAUAAUGUUAUGACAUAAUAGCAUGAUAGAAUGACAGCUGUCAUUGCAUCAGCUCUGCAGAAAAAAAUCAAUAAAUUGUGCAACAUCUCUUUUUCAUCAGACUUCCACCUCUGUACACUUGAAAACUGUAACUUCUAAAACAAAAAAUAAAUCUGCCCCAAGA